ACCAUGCAGAAAGAAGUAAUUUACGUAGCUCUUGAGAAUACACGGAACCCACUGUGUGUUCAUUGAAGUGACAGAGCUACCAAUGUAAAGGUCGUAGAUUAACUGUUCUAUUAGAUGUUCGCUGUUCAAACUCGACUAAACCUACCAAGCCGUGCCAACGACGAGGAAUGGAUAUUGUGCCAGUCAAAGGUGGAAGGAUGGUUCAAAGUAAUUAACUAUCGGACGGGGACAGUGUAGGUGGCGCAGCGAUGGACAAGGACGCACUUCACCAGUGCGAACUCAUCCAGAAUAUGAUCGAGAUCUCCAUCUCUAGUUUACAAGGACUCCGAACCAAAUGCGCAGCAUUGAGCGACCUCACUCAGCAAGAAAUACGCACUUUGGAGGUGAAACUGACUAAGUACAUCUGUAAGCAGCUGCAGUGUAAGCAGAGAGUGCCUGAGAGACAGAGGACCCAGGCCCUGGCCAGCUACCCUCGACUGGGAGACUGGCUCUGCACCAUCAACCUCAGACCUGAACUCAUACAGGCUGUACCAGUGAAGCUGUCCCUGGAUGCUUUGCUGCAGAUGUCCAGUUGUCAGGUGCAGGACACCAUGAGACAGCUGGGCUCUGAACCAGAGGAGUGCUCCCGACUCACUGCUGCCCUCUCCUGCCUAAAGAGUGCCAGUGGGGACAUCAGAGAAGACCCAGGAACCUGGAUAUCAGAGCCGCUCCGCCGUGACAGUAACACCUUACCUCCUCCGGACCGUCGCCCCUCCACCCCCGCCACACUACCCCGUGGCUCCAUCCUCAGUCCGCAUACCCACGCCCGUUCUGUCUCUGUGACUGUCGUACCCUGUGUGGACGAUAAGGGGCAUCAAGUCUACACAGGAGGCAUGUCGGACGCUUUCCCCUCCUCGCCACUGCUCUUCUCCAAUUCCCCUCCCUCCAAGAGACGCGCCAAGCACCCUCCACGCAUGUCCCCCUCCCGAAAAUUGCUGCAACUCCCCUUCAAUAUCACCCUCACACGCAGCAAGAGCCACGAGUCACAGCUGGCCAACCGCAUAGAAGAGCCAGUGCCCAACAACAAGGGUGGGAAGAAGAACAAGCUGCUCCUGAAUGUGCACAUUAACAGUAGCAGUGGGAACGGGUGUGAAGACUCCACCCGGACCCCUGGCCCAGCCACCACCCCCUACACCCUCCCAGGAACCCCUACGCUGCUGGAGCAUAACCUAGCAUUGCACCGGGGGUCUCCACAGAUGAUGAGGAGGGAUAUCGGCCUCUCUGUAACACACAGGUUUUCAACCAAAUCCUGGCUCUCACAGACAUGCCAGGUGUGUCAGAAGAACAUGAUGUUUGGUGUUAAAUGCAAACACUGCAAGUUAAAGUGCCAUAACAAAUGUACCAAAGAUGCCCUUCCCUGCAGGAUAUCUUUUCUCCCACUCCCGCAAAUCCGCCGGGCAGAAUCCGUACCAUCAGAUAUCAAUAAUCAAAUUGACCGUACGGCAGAGUUACCAAUCCAGUUUGGCACUUUACCUAAGGUGCUAACCAGAAAGGACAACCCUCCCAUGCUGAGCCAGAUGGAUUCCAGCAGUAACCCUUCCUCCACCACUUCCUCUACGCCCUCCUCGCCCACCCCCUUCCAGCAGAGCAACCCCCCCAGCAUCAACGCCACACCGCCCCCCAACUCCUCGCCCGGCCCCCAAGGGCCCCGAGACAGCCGCUUCCACUUCCCAGCUGGCUGUUAUUUACAACCUAGACAACAGUUUAUUUUCCCUGAUGUUUCCUCUUCACCAUAUCCUGUUGGACUACACUCUGAAGGCUACCAUGACACUGGAGACACACAGCAACUGGCACAAUCAGAACCUCCAUGUCAAGGACAGGAAUGUGGAGCGGAAGAGGAGGAAUACCCAGGGGAUGAGGGAAACGGUAGCAAGGAGGGCAGUGAGAAGGGCCACUCAAACGGAGAGUGUGAUGGGGACGAGAUAGAGGACCUGCCCAGCUACCGGGGCGGACUGGCCGGUAGCCAAUCGAGGGGGCCCAUCUCCCGUAAGGCCAGCCAGACCAGUGUAUAUCUGCAGGAGUGGGACAUCCCCUAUGAGCAGCUGGAGCUGGGGGAGCUCAUUGGCAAGGGCCGUUGGGGGAAGGUUCAUAAGGGGCGCUGGCAUGGAGAGGUGGCCAUUCGGCUGCUGGAGAUAGAUGGUAAUAACCAGGACCACCUGAAGCUGUUUAAGAAGGAAGUGAUGAACUACAGACAGACCCGCCACGAGAACGUGGUCCUCUUCAUGGGGGCCUGCAUGGCCCCGCCACACCUCGCCAUCAUCACCAGUUUCUGCAAAGGUCAGACACUAUUCUCUGUUGUAAGAGAUGCCAAGAACACGCUAGACAUCAACAAGACAAGGCAGAUCGCUCAGGAAAUUGUUAAGGGUAUGGGCUACCUUCACGCUAAAGGAAUCGUUCACAAGGACCUGAAGUCCAAGAAUGUGUUCUAUGACACAAACAAAGUGGUAAUCACAGACUUUGGCCUUUUUGGAAUGUCCGGAGUGGUACAAGAGUACCACAAGAGGCAAGAGAAUGAGCUGAGGCUCCCUCAUGGCUGGAUCUACUACCUGGCCCCUGAGAUCGUCCGCAGGAUGGGCACUGGGAACCAUGAGGACCGCCUGCCUUUCUCCAAUGCUGCAGACGUCUAUGCAUUUGGCACCAUUUGGUAUGAGCUGCAGGCCCGUGGCUGGCCACUCACCAACCAGCCAGCAGAGGCCACCAUCUGGCAGGUGGGCAGUGGAGAGGGCAUAAAGAAGGUCUUGGCAAAGGUCAGCCUGGGCAAGGAGGUUACGGAGAUACUGUCUGCCUGUUGGUCCUUCAAGCUGGAAGAGCGUCCCUCCUUCACCCAGCUGACUGACAUGCUGGAGAAGCUGCCGAAGCUCAACCGCAGGCUUUCCCACCCAGGACACUUCUGGAAGUCAGCCGAGUAUGUAUCGUAAAGACCAGGAUCCCUUUUGAGAUAUACUGAAUAUACUCACUUGUAUAUAUAUAUAUAUACAGUGAGGGGGAAAAAGUAUUUGAUCCCCUGCUGAUUUUGUACGUUUGACCACGGACAAAGAAAUGAUCCGUCUAUAAUUUUAAUGGUAGGUUUAUUUGAACAGUGAGAGACAGAAUAACAACAACAAAAUCCAGAAAAACGCAUGUCAAAAAUGUUACAAAUUGAUUUGUAUUUUAAUGAGGGAAAUAAGUAUUUGACCCCUCUGCAGAACAUGACUUAGUACUUGGUAGCAAAUCCCUUGUUGGCAAUCACAGAGGUCAGACGUUUCUUGUAGUUGGCCACCAGGUUUGCACACAUCUCAGGAGGGAUUUUGUCCCACUCCUCUUUGCAGAUCUUCUCCAAGUUAUUAAGUUUUCGAGGCUGAAGUUUGGCAACUCGAACCUUCAGCUCCCUCCACAGAUUUUCUAUGGGAUUAAGGUCUGGAGACUGGCUAGGCCACUCCAGGACCUUAAUGUGUUUCUUCUUGAGCCACUCCUUUGUUGCCGUGGCCGUGUGUUUUGGGUCAUGCUGGAAUAUCCAUCCACGACCCAUUUUCAAUGCCCUGGCUGAGGGAAGGAGGUUCUCACCCAAGAUUUGAUGGUCCAUCUUCCCUUUGAUGCGGUGAAGUUGUCCUGUCCCCUUAGCAGAAAAACACCCCCAAAGCAUAAUGUUUCCACCUCCAUGUUUGACAGUGGGGAUGUUGUUCUUGGGAUCAUAGGCAGCAUUCCUCCUCCUCCAAACACGCCGAGUUGAGUUGAUGCCAAAGAGCUCCAUUUUGGUCUCAUCUGACCACAACACUUUCACCCAGUUGUCCUCUGAAUCAUUCAGAUGUUCAUUGGCAAACUUCAGACGGGCAUGUAUAUGUGCUUUCUUGAGCAGGGGGACCUUGCGGGCGCUGCAGGAUUUCAGUCCUUCAUGGCGUAGUGUGUUAAAUUGUUUUCUUGGUGACUAUGGUCCCAGCUGCCUUGAGAUCAUUGACAAGAUCCUCCUGUGUAGUUCUGGGCUGAUUCCUCACCGUUCUCAUGAUCAUUGCAACUCCACGAUGUGAGAUCUUGCAUGGAGCCCCAGGCUGAGGGAAAAUUGACAGUUCUUUUGUGUUUCUUCCAUUUGCGAAUAAUCGCACCAACUGUUGUCACCUUCUCACCAAGCUCCUUGGCGAUGGUCCUGUAGCCCAUUCCAGCCUUGUGUAGGUCUACAAUCUUGUCCCUGACAUCCUUGGAGAGCUCUUUGGUCUUGGCCAUGGUGGAGAGUUUGGAAUCUGAUUGAUUGCUUCUGUGGACAGGUGUCUUUUAUACAGGUAACAAACUGAGAUUAGGAGCACUCCCUUUAAGAGUGUACUCCUAAUCUCAGCUCGUUACCUGUAUAAAAGACACCUGGGAGCCAGAAAUCUUUCUGAUUGAGAGGGGGUCAAAUACUUAUUUCCCUCAUUAAAAUGCAAAUCAAUUUAUAACAUUUUUGACGUGUUUUUCUGGAUCUUUUUGUUGUUAUUCUGUCUCUCACUGUUCAAAUAAACAUACCAUUAAAAGUAUAGACUGAUCAUUUCUUUGUCAGUGGGCAAACGUACAAAAUCAGCAGGGGAUCAAAUACUUUUUUCCCUCACUGUGUAUGUGUGUAUAUAUAUAUAUAUUCUCAUGGCUGGAUGUACCUGUUGAUCCCUGUCCCUCCAGUGAUGUCACAUUGGAUGGAGCUGGGAGAACAGGAGGUGUUGAUAUGAGUGUGUGAAUAAGAAUGUGUUUAUGGUGGAGGGGUGUAGCCAUCCGACAAACCUGGGCCUACUGUAUGUUUUUUUUUGUAGGACCUUUGAUUUAAAUAACUAAAAUGGAUGAAUGUGAUGCAAAUUACCAGCUUUAUACAGUGAGAAGAAAUGUUGUCUUAAAUAGGGAAUUUUUGCAAAAAAUAUAUUUUUAAGUAAAGUUGAACAGGACUAAAGGUUUAAUAGCCUGUUGAAACUGUUUGGUUUGUGACUGUUCAUUUCAGAGCUGAAUGCCUAAAUCUGUCCAUGUUUUAAAAGAGAGUAUACUUUAUAAUAGCACCACCCCCUAACCCUCUCCCUGUGGGCAGUGAUUGGAGGCUUGAGUGUCCCACCUCUCCUGUGUCCCCCUGUCUGUGAAUAUUUCUGUCAUACCUCUGUGGUCAUCUCUGUUUGGGUCUCCCUCCCUCCCCCCCCUCCCUCUCUGGGCGCUGCUGCUCUCUCCUGGAUGACCACUGACUGACUCCACCUGUUCCUGCUCCACUUCACUCACUCACCCUCGCUCUUCCUCUCUCCCUCCCUCUCGCUCUUCCUCUCUGGGCGCUGCUGCUCUCUCCUGGAUGACCACUGACUGACUCCACCUGUUCCUGCUCCACUUCACCCUCCCUGUCUCCCUUGGUCCCCUCCACCUCCUCUUUACUUCCACCCCCCCUCAAACAUCAACUCUUGUUUCCCCAUAUAAUUUUUUCCCUCCUCCACUCCUUGAUCUAUCCCAUUAUCUUCCUUCUUCUUCCCUUGCUCUCCGUAUGAAGACCCUGGGUUCAUCAUCAUUGCCUGCGGGACCAUUGCGGUCAGGGUCUGCAGUCUCGCUGCCCCUACAUAUACAAAUAACACAUAUCUCAGUUACAACCGGUGCUUAUCAACCCAUAGGAAUAGCCUGUUUGGUAUUCAGAGGAAUGGACAACCCAGCAGAAUAACUGGUAUCACAGCCAAUAGUGCCACCAAUAUAGAGUCAUGUAUCUUUGUCAACUUGCGAUAUGUACCAUAAUGCACUGCCUGGGUUGUUUGUUAGUUUAUUGUUCUUUGCCUAACUUCAGUUUGUGUAUUAACAUUUUGGUGCUAGUAGUGGCUAAUGCAAACAGUCUAGUCUAACCACUUGCUUUCUUUCAAUUUUCCUCUUCCCCUCUCUCCUCUUUUUCCUCUCUCUAUUUCUCGCUCUGUCUCACCCUACAACUUAGGUUGUAGCCUUCAGUAUGCAAGACGAAGUAAUAAUGAGGUUCAAUGUAAGAUGUUGACUUGCCUCUUGUGCACUCUUUGUGUGCCUGUGUCAGCAUGUUUGUUUGGUUGGUUGCUGAAUGUAAUGUACUGGACAACCACAGAUUAACCCUGUGAAAGACUGCAGUGAUUGAAUGUUAGCAGUGAUAACAAAGAUAAAUGUAUCCAAUAUAUAAAUAUAGAUAGAAUUGUUUUAUUUAAUGUACAGAUAACAUUUAUUUUAGGUGUACAAUGUUUUUACAUUACAUUAUAGGUACUUCACAUCUAAUUAUGUAGAGCUUUAAAACAUUUUCCCCUCACAAAACACUGUGUAAACAAAAAUUGUACAUUACUUAAAGAUGGGUUGGUGUUUUUGUCAUAAGAAUGUAUAUUUUUGUACAGAUUGUGGCUACAUUCAAGGUGUUUCUGGUUUCCUCAGUGAAAGACGAUAAAACUGAACUCACAUAA